CUAUGCACAUUCCUUGUACUCACUGUGCUGCUGCUGAGGUGUGAGGCAAACUCCGCUUGGGAACUGAGCUAGUGGAGAAAGGAUCUUAAAAGCGACCUGAUGGGUUCUGGGAAAGUCUUCCUUUUCUCUCCUUCCCUCCUGUGGAGUCAAACUAGAGGAGUGAGGUUGAUAUUCUUGUUACUAACCCUGCAUCUGGGAAACUGCAUUGAUAAAGCAGAUGAUGAAGAUGAUGAAGAUUUAACUAUGAACAAAACAUGGGUCUUGGCACCUAAAAUUCAUGAAGGAGAUAUCACACAGAUUCUCAACUCUUUACUUCAAGGCUAUGAUAACAAACUUCGUCCAGAUAUAGGCGUGAGACCCACAGUAAUUGAAACUGAUGUUUAUGUAAACAGCAUUGGACCUGUUGAUCCCAUAAACAUGGAGUACACGAUAGACAUCAUUUUUGCCCAGACCUGGUUUGAUAGCCGUUUAAAGUUCAACAGCACCAUGAAAGUCCUUAUGCUUAACAGCAACAUGGUGGGAAAAAUUUGGAUCCCUGACACGUUCUUCAGGAACUCAAGGAAAUCUGAUGCGCACUGGAUAACAACGCCCAAUCGCCUGCUGCGGAUAUGGAGUGAUGGAAGGGUUCUCUACACUCUGAGAUUAACAAUUAAUGCAGAAUGCUACCUUCAACUCCAUAACUUUCCUAUGGAUGAACAUUCCUGUCCACUGGAAUUUUCAAGCUAUGGAUACCCUAAAAAUGAAAUUGAGUACAAGUGGAAAAAGCCGUCAGUGGAAGUGGCUGAUCCUAAGUACUGGAGAUUGUAUCAGUUUGCCUUUGUAGGGUUAAGAAAUUCAACCGAAAUCUCUCACACAAUCUCCGGAGAUUAUAUUAUCAUGACUAUCUUUUUUGACCUGAGCAGACGGAUGGGCUAUUUCACAAUUCAGACCUACAUUCCGUGCAUUCUAACAGUUGUUCUUUCCUGGGUGUCUUUUUGGAUCAACAAAGAUGCUGUACCUGCUAGAACAUCCCUGGGUAUCACUACGGUUUUGACUAUGACAACCCUCAGUACAAUCGCUAGAAAAUCUUUACCUAAGGUUUCUUACGUGACAGCAAUGGAUCUCUUUGUCUCUGUGUGUUUCAUUUUUGUGUUUGCAGCACUCAUGGAGUAUGGAACCUUGCAUUAUUUUACUAGUAACAAUAAAGGAAAAACCACCAGAGACAGGAAGCUGAAAAGCAAAACUUCGGUAUCCCCAGGUCUCCAUGCUGGAUCUACUCUGAUUCCCAUGAACAACAUUUCUAUGCCUCAAGGGGAAGAUGAUUAUGGUUACCAGUGCUUGGAGGGCAAAGACUGUGCUACCUUUUUCUGUUGCUUUGAAGACUGCAGAACUGGGUCCUGGAGAGAAGGGCGAAUACACAUACGCAUUGCCAAAAUCGACUCCUACUCCAGGAUCUUUUUCCCAACAGCUUUUGCCUUGUUCAAUCUGGUUUACUGGGUUGGAUAUCUAUACUUAUAAGUUCUGCCAAUAGAUAAAAAAAUUCAUAAAAAUCUGGCUUAGUCCAAUAUAAUCACUUGCAUUUCAUAACAGGAAGUUAGAAUUUAAAAUGAAAGUCUACCAGUUAAAAUCUGAAUCAUUUGGUCAUAUGAUUAAGGCUUUCAUAAAUAAAUAAGAAAGAAUUAUUCAGGUUAAUUUACCUAACUAAACAUGAAAUUCAUUGUCCAAUAUAGCACAUUUAAAUCAUAAACUUAUAUUUUU